GCUAGGGGUCCGGACUAAGCGUCCUCGGGACAUUUGUGGGUAACUGACUCCAUAAAACAGAAAGUUUAUUUGGCGAUUGUCGGCAAUGAUCAUCCUUCCUGGUCCAAGAACUGGACAAUGGCGUCCGGUGCUCUUGGACAGUGAUUAUACGGGUGCAAAUGGUGGCAAGGCAUCUUAUUUCUACAACGGGUUUCCCAGCAGCAUAUCUGUAACACAUUCAAAUUAUGAAUUAGGUUUCAACUACACUGUGUCAACCGUUGCACUUCAAACAAUUAUUGUAUCACUAGCUCUUCAAUUACUUCGUUAUGUCCAAGGCUCAACCCAUCAAGCGUCGGGGAGAAGCACGCGCCAAGUUUGACUUGAACAUCGAUAGCCCGCAACUGCAACAUCUCACACGACACAUCGACGAGGCCGAACAUGUCCGCAUCGAAAACUGCAUUGGUUUCGUCCAGGUCCCCGUUGGAAUCGCUGGGCCACUUCGCAUCACAGGCCCUGACACGACCGGUGAAUACUAUGCACCAUUGGCUACAUGUGAGCCGACCUUGGUGGCUAGUUGCAGCCGGGGCUGUAAAGUGUUCAAUGCAUGCGGUGGGCUACAGUUUGAAGUUCUCAAUGAAGCCAUGUCUCGUGCACCAAUGUUUCUGUUCGCCAGUCCGGCCCAUGCGGUAGCGUUUGCACGAGCGGUCCCAUCAUUCCGAAACGAGUUCGCCCGAUGGGCCGAGUCGACUAGCCGAUAUGUUCGGCUACAGGAGCUGCAAGCUUCGGUUAUUGGCUCCAGCGUUCAUCUCUUUUGCAGCUACUUUUGCGGCAAUGCUGCGGGUCAGAAUAUGGUCAGCAAGGCCACGCAGUACGCCUGCGAGAUGCUGCGGGGCCACCGAUGUGCGAAGCAAUUCCAGAUCCAAGACUUCCUCAUAGAGGGUCAAUUGGCGUCGGACAAGAAGCCUUCUUGGGGUAACGUGCAGAGAGCUAGGGGGGUUGAGGUGCUAGCGUGGGGAACUAUUACCAACGCUGCCUGCCAAGAAAUCCUAGGCUGCAGCACGGAGCGACUAUAUCGUACUCAGAUGGCUCUAAAAGAAGGAGGCAUACGCAAUGGCCAGUUUGGUUGCAAUAUCAACACUGCCAAUAUUAUCGCCGCUAUUUUCGUGUCGACGGGACAGGAUGCGGGCAGUGUAGCAGAGGCUUCCUGGAGUCAUCUCACAUCGGAGUACGAUUACGAGACCAAGGAAUUGAAAAUGACUCUGUAUUUUCCCUCCUUACCGGUGGGUACCGUGGGUGGGGGGACCCUGUACCCAUCGCAGAAGGAGUGUCUGGAUAUGCUGGGGUGUGCGGAGCCGUCGGGGAAGAGAAGGCUCGCCGGAAUGAUUGCUGCCUUUGCAGUUGCGUUGGAUGCUAGCACAAGUGCAGCCAUUGCUAACGAUACAUUUACUAUGAGCCAUAUGAAGCUUGCCCGGGGGGAGAUCUUCGGGCGUCAGACUUCGAAGCUGUAGGCGACUGGUUGGAAUCAUUGCUGGAUCGAAG